AGACGGCGGCUGACGCGGGGCUGACGGGGCGAUGGGCCGACAUGGAGCACGACGUCGAAGUGACCACGGCCCCUCCGGCGCCGCAGCCACCAUCGCCCUGCCGACCAGUGUGGUCGCGGGCGGGGCCGCCCCCCGCGCCGCCUGCCCCGCCUGCCCCCGGGCGGGAGGCGGACCCUUCGCACUGCUCGGGCCUCGACGGGGACUCCGGCCCUGACGCGCCCGACCCCCUGCCCCUGGCCGGGUAGCCGGCGAGCAGCAGCCGCCCCACAACACGCACAACCUUGCUCAAUGUGUGACUACCGACGGACAAGACGACCUGUAGCACCACCGACUGACACUGGCACUGCCGCGCGAUAUCUGUGAUAGCCGAAGACAAUUUUACUCCUAAAUAAUUUUUACUGUAAAGAAAACGAAAACGAAACAAACAGGACGACGAUAAGCCGCUCGCGACCGCGGCGGCGUCGACGACAACAACAAUCGAACGAGUAUACGAGUAGCGAGCACCGAGACGGUCGACGACGCGCUGACACGACGACGGCGACGCCACGGGGUCUGCGGUCGUUGGCCGAGGCCACGCCCAAGGCCACGCGCAAGGCCACGCUCAAGGCCACGCCGAGGGCAGCCGGGCGUACCAUGCUGUACCGGGGCGCGGACCAACGCACUACACUGCUAGUGCCGCCCUCCCUGGCCAACAGCACCUGCGGAGCCGUCAGGUACUCGUCUAGCGCCGCCGCCAGCGCCGCAGCCGGCGUUUCGUUCGGGGACUUAGCCCAGGCCGCCAUCAUCCUCCUGCUCUCGCUGGGGGUCGUCGGCGCCAACCUCAUGCUCGUGCUCGUCAUCAACAGCCGCCGCUACUCCAAGUACAUCCACGAGCAGCCACGCUACCUGCUGACCUCGCUGGCCAGCAACGACUUGGCCAUUGGACUAUUGGUCACUCCCUUCGCCCUCGUGCCUUCCGUCAACCACUGCUGGCCCUUCGGGGAGAUCGCCUGUCAGAUACAAGCGCUGCUCCGCGGGGCGCUGACGCAGCAGAGCGCCGUCAUCCUCAUCUGCAUGGCCAUGGACCGGUACAUGUGCAUGCUGCACCCCGUGCGCUACCACCGCCACUCCAGCAAGAAGGGCUGCGUGGCGGUCAUAUCGGUGACGUGGGUGCUGUGCCUGUCGCUGUUCGCGCUGCUGGUGCUGCCGCGCGGCGGCUACUACUUCAACGACACGGGGCUGCUGGCCUGCGACCCGUUCUACCCGCGGGCCUCGCUGCGCAUCCUCGCCUCGUGCUGCUUCUACUUCCCCACCACCAUGAUCCUCAUGUACUGCUACGGCUCGGCGUUCCACGUCAACAAGCUGCGCCUCAAGCGCGCCGUGACGGGCUGCGCCCAGGGACACCCGCAAGGUCACGCCCCGGGUCACGCUCCGGGUCACGCCCCGGGUCACGCCCCGGGUCACGCCCCGGGUCACGCCCCAGGUCACGCUCCGGGUCACAUAGCCGGUCACAACGCGGUCCACUCCACGGGCCAUGCCGCGGCACAUGCCGCGGGUCACUCCGCGGGUCACGCCACGAGUCACGCCGCGGGUCACGCGCACACCAUGGGCCAGACUCACGCCGUCCACGAGCAGGUCGUCAAAACGCCAUCCACGCUCAACAAGCUGGUGACCCACGAGCGCAGGCUGAGCACCGUGGCGUCGCGCACCAUGGCAGCCAUGUCGCUCGGCUUCAUUGUGAUGGUGACACCGUGGACCAUCCAGGAGGUGGUGGCCGCCUGCACGGGCGUCAAGCUUCCGCCGUUCCUCGACUUCCUCAUCACGUGGUUGGCGCUUAGCAACUCCUUCUGGAACCCCUUCCUGUACUGGCUGCUCAAUCGGCAAUUCCGGAGAAUCUGCAAGGACAUCUUCGUCACCAAGGUUCUGUGUCGGAGGCCGCCGUCUGCGGCGAAAGAGUCCCACUGCUGCUCGAGUCAGCAGAGCCUGGGAGGCCACCACAGCCACCACAGUCACCACAGCCACCACAGUCACCAUAGUCACCACAGCCACGCCAGUUUGCACCACAGUCUGCGGGACAGAGAGCGGGACAGAGACCUCGAUCUCCUGGACCGCGACUGGGACCGUGAACGGGAUCGAGAUCGGAAGCGGGACCGGGAUCGAGACGACGAUCUCCAGGAUGACACGAGCGACGACGGCAACGGUAGCGCCGGGGGCGGCGCCGGUGGAGGUCCCGGGGGCGGCAGCCUGAGCGGGGGCAGCAGCAGCGGGGGCGGCAGCCUCAACAGCAGCAUCGCCCGGUUGGCCGUGCCACCCCCGCCCCGCCUCCAGGCUAGGCCGCCCAUGCCGCCCCCGAGGACCACGACGAGGCCCUUGGCCUCCACGUCGCACCCGGACCUCGAGACACUGGAGUGCGGCAAGCUGUGGGGCGGGGGCGGCACCGGGGGCACCGGGCUCGGCAUGUCCGGGCUGGAGAGGACGCUGUCGGCGACCAGCCUGACGGGGCUGCCGCCGCGGAUAGUGCCACCGCAGCACCUCACGCACACGUACCACCACCGCCACCACAACCACCAGCACCACCACCACCACCACCGGCCCACCACGCUGUGCGGGGCGGCCCGGCCGAACGGCAGCGUCCCCAGCGGUGUGCUGGACAUCUCGUGACGCGACCGCCCAGAGCGCCGCUCCGCGAGGUGCCUGGAUGAGUCGGAGGGCCGCUCGGCCCCCUCCUCGAGUACCCCCUCGAGCCCAUUUGCGGAACUAACGGUUCAGACCGGAAGCUGCUGCUGCCAGUGUGAGUGAUGAAGACUGGCUGAUGCUGCCGAAUGUUUUUAAUGAAAGUAGUCGGGAAUCGCCAGGGAGAACACGGUGUGCGCUCCAGUGCGAGCGUCGCUGUCCCCUGCCCGAACUUGUGUGUUGUCGGGAGUGGUGUGUAGAUUCCUAGUACUAUAAAAGUGCUCACUCAAAGUAUUCGUUACUUUCUGACUGAAGAAUGCAUUCCGCAAGGAUUUUCUGUCACAGAAAGGAAUGAACUUUUCAUUUAUUUUAACGGACCCUCGAAGUUCUAUCGAAUAGCUGACAUGUCAAAUAAGACUGUUUCAUAAAACAAAUUGCAAGACACAUUCCAGAGACUUGCUUCCUCAUCAGUGUCGCCGUGACAGAAAGGUGCUAAGACUGUCAACAGCUGACAAAUAAAUGUUUGAUAAAGGUCGAGAGAGUACAGGGGUAUUCUCUUAGAUAAUAUCCUUGUUCCUUUUAAAGUUUUAUACUUUUGAGAAAGUUGUGAAAUCUGUUAAAUUUUAAGUAUUGUAAAAGCCAAAGCCAAUAGCAGAGGCAACUUUGCAUGGUUGUAAAUGUGUAUCUAUGUAGAAAUGAGUUGCCUACUCAUAACAAUUUGUGUGUGGUUGAUGUGCUUUUAUAAUGGAAAGUUCUGUAGAAAUCAGGGUUAACUUACUGGCUAGAAAGCAAUGUUUUGUUUGUUUGCUCUAAUUAUAAUUUGAUGAUUUGAGGGUGUAAAUAUUACUGUUAUUGUACUGUUCGAUCAUCCUUAUGAUUAUAAACGUGAGGACCAUUUAGUUGCUAGUAUCAAAAGGUGCCAACAUACCUGAUCCUUUACUCAAGAAAACUUUUAAUGCUAGUUUCCAGAUUUGGGUAUAUAAUUGUUAUUUGAGCGAGUAGCACUAUUAUAAUAAUAAGGAUGAUCAACGUUUGUUCAAUUCCCAAACUCUGUUAUUGGUGUAAACCCUAGAUAUUUAAUUUUUGUUAUCAUGGCUUAAUUUGUCAGCAUUCACUAAUCUUGUUGGGAAAAUUAUUUCAUCACUAAGAAGCUGAUACAAAAGUUCAGUAGGGGAAAAUGUUCUGGCCAAGCCAUCUUCCCUUGUAUGAGCUAUUUCCUUGUAUUCAGCUGUGGCUACACAGCUUUAUCCAUAGACAGUCUUAAAAAUAAUACAUAAAUGGAGGUCAUUACACUCCAGUCACAUCACCAUACCCUAGGUACAACUUUUUUUGUAUUAUGUAUGCUGAAGAAUUACAGUCUUGAGAAGUAUAUAGGAACAAAAUGAAAUUUGAAAUAACUAGAUGUUGGUCUGAAGUCAUAGUAAAUAUUGACAUCCUGAAGUGAAGAGCUCAAGACAAAGAUGUUUUCCUUUUGUGCUCCAAUUACUUAUAAAAAUGAACUUGCUCACUCCUGACUUAAUUAAUGCAAUACCACAGUAUAUAAUAGUGGUGUGAUAGCAUUUUCAUCAAAUGCAAUUCCCUGCUGGUCAGGAAAUACUAAAAUGCAAUAAUGAUAAAAAAUAAAGAACCCUCCUUGUAUGUAA